AUGGCCAGCAGAAAAACUCUUCUUUUUUUGCUUGCUGUAUUUUCAGAAUUUCUCUUGCUCGAAGCCGUUAUUAUCAAUUCCAGUCGUGGUGAAACUAUUGUGGUUUGCAUUGAGGUUGAGCGGAAUGCACUUCUUAAAUUCAGAGAUGGUCUGAAGGAUCCUUCGGGUCGGCUUUCUUCUUGGGUUGGCACAGAUUGUUGCACAUGGCAAGGUGUGGGUUGCAACAAUCAGACAGGAAAUGUCAUGAAGUUAGACCUUAGAAACAUUAAUGUCGAUUCAACAGGGGACUAUGAAGCAGACGUAGUGGCUCUUAGCUCGACAUUCUUGGGUGGUCAGAUAAGUGAUUCCUUACUUGACUUGAAAUAUUUGAAUUACUUGGACUUGAGUAUGAACAAUUUCCAAAAUAUUUCAAUCCCAAGUUUCAUAGGCUCGCUUGAAAAAUUGACAUACCUCAAUCUCCGUGGAGCAGCAUUCAGUGGAAUGGUUCCUCCUCAUCUUGGAAAUUUGUCCAACUUGAGACAUCUUGAUCUCUUUGCAUGGUCAUAUGCCAGACAAAGUUGUCAAGGCAGUUGGGUUUCUAAUAUAAAUUGGCUUUCUGGCCUCUCUUCCUUGGAAUACCUUAAUUUGGGAUGUGUCAACCUUGGAAAGGCAACUACUGAUUGGAUGCAAGCUGUGAACACGAUUCCUUCUCUGGUUGAAUUGUCUUUGCUUGGAUGUCAACUUAGUACAUUUCCUCAAUCUCUCCCAUUUGUUAAUCUGACUUCUCUGUCGGUCCUUGACCUUAGUCACAACCAUUUCAGUACUAUCAUACCUAGCUGGUUGUUUAAUCUCAGUAACCUCGCAAUCCUUCACUUUAGUCAUGCUGGAAUUAAAGGCCCUAUUCCUCAUGAUGCCUGGGGAAAUCUUUGCAACUUUGAGAUCUUGGAUCUUUCAGAAAAUGGUAUUAGUUCUGAUGAGGGAAUUGAAUUCAUACACGGUUUGUCUACAUGCAGCAACAGUACCCUGAAGGAAUUACUUUUGAGGCUAAAUCGCUUUCGUGGCAAGUUUCCCGAUUCAUUAGGCCAUUUUAAGAAUUUAAUAUCGAUAGAUUUGUCUGAUAAUGAAUUGAGUGGCCAGUUACCUGAUUCUUUAGGAAACCUUGAGAAGUUAAGAUCUCUUGAUCUUAGUAGCAACUUAAUCUCGGGUUCACUUCCACCACCUAUUGGACGGUUGUCUUUGUUGGAGAAAUUGGUUCUCUUUAACAAUACAAUGAAUGGGACCAUCCCAGAAAGUAUAGGCCAACUUGAAGGGUUGUCCUACUUGAAUCUUAAUUUGAAUUCAUGGGGAGGAACCAUAUCUGAAAAUCAUUUCAUGAAUCUUACAAGGCUGCAACAAUUCCAAUUGUUCUUAUCACCAACAAAAACAAAGCAGCCUCUGACUUUCCAUGUGAGGCCUGACUGGGAUCCUCCCUUCAGUCUCAAGUCCGUUGUCAUCGGAAACUGUAACCUAUCCACUGCAUUCCCUGCUUGGCUCAGCACUCAGAAGGAACUAACCCAUAUAACCCUAAAAAAUGUUGGUAUAUCAGGCAUAAUACCGGAAUGGCUUUGGAAAAUAUCUCCACAGAUUGAGCAUUUAGAUCUUUCUAGGAACCAGUUGAGCGGGAAGCUUCCCAACUCACUAUCCUUUAGCAGCUCAUCAGUAUGCAGUAUGGUGGAUUUAAGUUCCAACCGCUUCGAUUGUGGAAUCCCACUUUGGUAUAAUCUGGCAUAUCUCUUUUUGAGAAACAACUUAUUAUCAGAUCCAAUUCCCUUGAAUAUUGGGGAAUUAUCAAGCUUGAAAGUGCUAGCUGUUUCUGGUAACUUGUUAAAUGGAAGCAUCCCAUCAUCAAUAAGUAAACUAAAGAAUUUGGAGAUUGUUGAUCUCUCGGACAAUCAUUUGUCCGGAAAAAUUCCAAUGCACUGGAAUGAUUUGCAACUGCUAGAGGUCAUAGAUCUAUCCAUGAACAAAUUGUUUGGCGGGAUUCCGAGUUCGAUAUGUUCAAUGCCUUCACUUUUCAGGUUGGUACUGGGCGACAACAAUCUUUCUGGGCAACUCUCUGCAAGCUUACAGAAGUGCACAGGGCUCUUAUACCUUGAUCUUGGAAACAACAGAUUUUCGGGCGAGAUACCCUACUGGAUCGGAGAAAACAUGUUAUUUUUGCGGCGGCUACGCCUACGAGGCAACAUGCUGACUGGAAAUAUUCCUGAGCAACUAUGUGGGCUUUCUCAUCUCCACAUAAUGGAUCUCGCACGAAAUAAUUUGUCAGGAUCCAUCCCACAGUGCUUGGGUGAUUUGAUUGCUUUAAAUUCUGUGACCUUAUUAGAUACUAAUUCAAAUAACCACAUGUUAGUUCUCGAUGGGGAUCACAUGGAGCUCAUUGUGAAGGGACAAAUGAGGGAAGUUGCGAAGAUACUCCCAAUUGUGAAAUUGAUAGACCUUUCUAGCAAUAAGUUUCAGGGAGAGAUCCCACCACAAAUGACAAAUCUGUCAGCCCUGGGUACCUUGAAUUUGUCCCGGAACCAAUUGACUGGAAAGAUUCCUGAGAAGAUUGGAGCCAUGCAAGCGUUAGAAACUCUCGACCUCUCCUGCAACCACCUUUCAGGCCCAAUACCUCCAAGCAUGUCUUCUAUAACCUUUUUGAAUUAUUUGAACCUGUCUCAUAACCUCUUGUCGGGACCAAUUCCCACAACCAACCAGUUCCAGACAUUCAAUGAUCCAUCCAUUUAUGAGGGUAACCCUGGACUUUGCGGUCUUCCAUUGUCAACCGAGUGCUCCACUCCAGAUGAUGAUCACAAAGAUGAGGAAGAUAGAAGGAAAGGCAAAGGGAAAGAGGAAGGGCAAGAUGAAGAUGGGUUGGAAAAGUCAUGGUUCUUAAUGAGCAUGGGAUUGGGCUUCCCAGUGGGAUUUUGGGCUAUCUGUGGCAGUUUGGCUUUAAAGAAGUCUUGGAGGCAUGCUUAUUUUCGGUUCGUUGAAGAGACCAAAGAUAAGCUAUAUGUGUUCAUUGCAGUGAAUGUGGCUCGUUUGCAAAGGAAGAUGGAAAGAAAUAGACAUCACGCUUAA